UCACACAGGCAAGCUGAGUUCGAUUCACGGGUUCAGACAUGGCGGCACGAGAGGAGGAAGAUGCUUCGAUCUCUUCAUCCUGGGCGUCAGUUCAGUUCAUGCCCACACUCUGUUUUAGCAGGUCCUCAAUCCUGCUUGAUGGUCGCUUCCCUCGGUACUGUUUGUUGCGGUCUUCUGCUAGUGCAAGCUAUGGGCUUUGUUUUAAUUUUUCUUUCAAGCUUGUGCGCGGCGUUGAGUUGUAAGCUCCCUAGAAUGCUCCCUUGUAUUGUUGGGCCGAUGUGGUCUGUUGUUUGUCUGUAAUUCCUGGCCAGUUGAUGGUUUUGUUAAUUCAAAGUCGGGCUCUUCGCGAGCCUUCAUUCUAAAAAAAAACAUGGCGGCUCCAACGAGAGCACUGGUCCUCACCGUCCUCCUGGCGACCGCCGUUUCCAACGCCGAGGCGGCGUCCGUCGUCGUCGGUCUGGCCAAGUGCGCCGACUGCACCAGGAAGAACAUCAAGGCCGAGGAAGCCUUCAAGGGUCUCCAGGUGGCGAUCAGGUGCAAGAACGUCUACGGCGACUACGAGAGCAAGCAAGGCGGUGGGUGCCCUCGACGGCACCGGCGCCUUCAGCGUGCCCCUCGCUUCUGACCUCCAUGGCGCCGACUGCAUGGCUCAGCUCCAUAGCGCCGCAUCCAACGCGCCGUGCCCUGGCCAGGAGCCAUCCAAGAUCGUGCCGGUGUCCGAGGGCACCACCUUCGGUGUCAUCGCCGGCGCCAAUACCGCCACGCCAUCCGUGGCGUCGCUCGAGUGUGCGUCCAUGACCCUGUGCGGGACAAUCAAGAAGCACAUCAUCGAGCACUUCCACCACAAGAAGCCCGUGCCACCGAAGCCGGAGCCCAAGCCCCAGCCUCACCCGGACUACCACCCCGUGCCCAAGCGGCCAAGCCGGAGCCGAAGCCGCAGCCCCACCCAGACUACCAUCCCGUCCCUCCCAUGCCCACCUACGGCGGUGGCGGUGGCGGUGGAUACCAUGGACACCACUGACUCCAGUGAUCCAGUCUCUACCACCUUCCGGGCCAGCACUGAAAUCCCCAUGGUUUCGUGCUCUGGGUGACGUUGCUAUUUAUGAUCGCCGCAUGCACGGUUGGUUUAGCCUUUUAUCAUUCCCUACCCUGUUUUUCAAUAUUUGCAUAAUGACUUCAGAAUAAGUGUUAUGAGGGUCAGGGGUCAGUGUGUCAGACAAGUGUGUGGGUGUUGGUGUUUCUUUACCAAGGUUUGUAAUAUUUCUGCCAAUUUUUGUAAGAAGUUACUAUGUAUGAAUCAAGCUAUAAUCAAUUGCGAAGUACACCCUUUCCCAA